AUGUCAGCCACAAGCUGCAUGCUGUCUGAAGAGCAGUUCCUCUGUUGCAUCUGUCUGGAUGUGUUCACUGCUCCUGUCACUAUACCAUGUGGGCACAACUUCUGUAAAAACUGCAUCACUCAGCACUGGAACAUUAACAGUGCUAAGUAUCAAUGUCCCAUGUGUAAAAAGAGUUUUAAAGCACGACCUGAGCUGCCUGUUAACACUUUCAUAUCAGAGAUGGCUGCUGAGUUCAAACAGUCAGUCGGAAAGAAAAGCAGCAUUGACUCUGAGAUACAAAUCGCCAAACCAGGAGAAGUCUCCUGUGAUGUCUGCACUGGAACCAAACUGAAAGCACUAAAGUCCUGCUUGACAUGUUUGGCCUCCUACUGUGGGAUUCACCUGGAUCCUCACCUGUCAGCUGACAGCCUGAAAAAACAUGAGCUGAUUGAUCCCAUGGAGAACAUGGAGGGCAGAGUGUGCACCAAACACAAAAAACCUCUGGAGCUUUUCUGCAACACUGAUCAGACAUGUGUGUGCUCGCACUGCACUGUUUCAGACCAUGUGACACACAACUUUGCUUCUUUAAAAGACAAAUAUGAAGCAAAAAAGGCUGAGCUGCAGCAGGCAGAGGCUGAAAUCCAGCACAUGAUCCAGGAGAGGCGACUGAACAUCCAGCAGUUGGAACGCUUAAAAAUGCAUAGUAAGGAAGACGCAGAGAGAGAGAUCGCACAUGGAGUUCGGAUCUACACAAUCAUAAUGCAGAACGCAGAGCGAGGCCUAAAUGAACUCAUAGAGAUGAUCGAAGACAGGCAGAGAAGAAGCGAGGAACACGCCAACGGCUUCAUUAAAGAACUGGAACAAGAAAUCUCUUCACUGGUUAAGAGAACUUCUGAGGUGCAGCAGCUCUCAUGCACUCAUGACCACCUUCAUCUCCUCCAGACCUUCACUUCCCUAACUACAGCUCCACCAUGCAAGACCUGGACAGAGCUCAGCUUGCGUCCACCAUCAUAUGAGGGGACUGUGAUGGAAGCUGUGACUCAGCUAGAGGACACUUUCAGCACAGAGAAGAGGCGGCUGCUGCAUGAGGCCAAGCUGAAGAGGGUCCAGCAUUAUGCAGUGGAUAUGAUUCUGGAACCCGACACAGCCAACCCCUGGCUCAUGCUGUCUAAUGAUGGGAAACAAGUGUGGUGUGGUGACACGAGGAGGGACCUGUCCGACAACUCAGAGAGAUUUUCUCUUUAUGUCAAUGUCUUAGCACAGCAGACUUUCACUUCAGGACGGUUUUACUACGAAGUUCAGGUUACAGGUAAAACUGACUGGACUCUGGGAGUGGUCAAAGGGUCAGUCUGCAGGAAGGGAAUAAUCCCACUGAGCCCAGCUAAUGGCUACUGGGCUGUGUGUUUGAGGAAUGGGAAUGAGUACCUAGCUCUCACCAGCCCUCCUGUCAAACUCAGCCUGAGCUCCAGGCCUCAGAAGAUAGGGGUUUAUGUGAGUUACGACGAGGGUUUGGUCUCCUUUUAUGAUGUAGAUGCUGCAGUUCAUCUCUACUCCUUCACUGACUGCUCCUUCACUCACCAACUCUGUCCAUUCUUCAGUCCCGGUAUUAAUCAUGGCGGCGUGAACUCUGCCCCUCUGAUCAUUUCUCCUGUCAAUCAAACUGAUUAG